AUGAUCAUCAACAUGGUAGAAUAUCAUGCAAUAUUAACUGAUACAAUCAAUAUUACAUUUCAGAAUAUAUUUAACAAUAAUUCAACAGUCGAUAAUGGACUUUUAAGACCGUUAUACGUGACAAUUUUGAUUGCAUUUUGUUUAUCUUGUAUUAUUUUAUUAACUAUUAUAGGAAAUAUUGUUGUUUUGCUUGCUUUAUGUAUCAAUUUUGCAUUGAGAUCACCAACUCACUUAUUAAUGGGUAAUUUGGCAUUAGCCGAUCUUCUACUUGGUAUUACUGUCUUACCAUUCUCAGCCACAAUUGAAAUAUUCGAAGGCAAUUGGCCAUUUGGAAGAACAUUUUGUCACAUUUGGUUAGCAAUAGAUGUUCUCUACUGUACUGCCAGUAUAAACGGUCUCAUGUUUAUAAGUGUCGAACGUUAUAUCGGUGUUACCAAUCCGUUACGUUAUCAUAUCAUAAUUACUCGUGGUCGUACAUUAAUUGUUAUUUGUAGUAUUUGGAUAUUAUCUAUACUUAUUUCUGUUGCACCAUUUUUUGGUUGGAAAAAAUUUAAUGAAAUUAAAUUAGGUACUAAAACAUGUUUUAUUAACGAUGAACCAUCAUACGUUCUAUUCUCUUGUUCAUUUUCAUUUUAUAUACCUUUAAUUAUUAUUCUAUGUGUUUAUACGCGUGUUUAUCGUGAGGCUAAUAGACAAUCGAGAUUUCUUUACGGAGAUGGACAUAAAAAAUUAAAGGUAAAUCAUAAUGAAGUAACAUUACGUGUUCAUAUUGUUCACUCGACGACCAAUGGACAUCACAGUACAACAACUACCAAUUUAAAUGGAAAAAAUCUCGUCACAGUGCCUAGUAAAUUUUCAAGAUUUAAACGAGAAAGAAAAGCAGAAGCUCUAUCGUCAACUGAUCCCGGUGUUAUAUUUUCUGUUUGUUUUUGGCUUGGCUAUUGUAAUAGUUGUUUUAAUCCCUUUAUAUACGCAUUUUCCAGUCGUGAAUUUCGAAAAGCGUUCAAAAGUAUCUUACGAUGCCGUCCGCACUUUAAAAAACCAUCGACUAUGUACAGAUUAUCAAAUGCCCUUGAAGGAGUUCGUUUAAGAUCAUUGACCAGUUUUGAUCUGUCAUCAAAUUCUCCGAUAGAUGAUUCAGUGCAUUCAUGCCGUGCAUCAAUUGAAAGUCAACGACUUUUUUCAUCACCUCAUUAUCGCUCUCAAAAAAUACAAGAAAAACGUCUCUCGGCAGAUACAAUGAAUAUUCGAAGUCAAAAUAAACAUCACAUACAACGUCAAUUGUCUCGUAGCGAGUCAACUCUCAGAUAG